UCCUGUCGCCCUCUCACUCUAGGCCCCAAUCCGGACCUGUAGCUAUAGUGACGAUUUUUCCUUGCGCGUUGAAUGCCGUUUGUAGACUUUUUCAGUCUGGCCAGUCAUCUAUGCCAUGGUCUAGUCGACCUUGAUAUUUUUAUAUAUAUCAUCACUAGCCUACCCAGCUGUGUCUUUUUUCCACAUCAUUUCAAGAUUCUGCCAUCUCUCAUUUAUAUCAGUGACACACUUUCGUCCUCGGCACAACCAGAUGAAUGAAGGAGCCUAAUGGGUAUGCACUACAUCUCCAUCUUCUUCCUCUUGUUCUUGAGUUCUUUAUGCAAAUCGGAUGACCAGCUAACACAAGCAAAGCCACUCACCCACGAUGACAAGCUCGUCUCCAAGAGCGGUGACUUCGCUCUUGGCUUCUUCUCCCUGACCACCUCCAACAAGAGCUUUUACCUUGGCAUAUGGUACCAUAGCCUUCCCGGACCACACACCGUCGUGUGGGUUGCCAACCGAGACAACCCAAUCGUCGCCCCUUUGUCCGCGAAGCUCAUCGUCACCAACAAUUCUCAAAUGGUAUUGUUUGACUCCAGAGGCCACAAUAUUUGGAUGACACCAAGCAAUAUCACUGCUGGAGCGCCAGGAGCUUACGCAGAGCUAAGCAACUCUGGGAACUUUGUUCUCCGGUUGCCAAGUAACACUGACAUAUGGCAGAGUUUUGAUCACCCAACCGACACAAUCCUUGCAGGCAUGAGGUUUUUGGUGAGCCACAAGGCACAGGUCAUCACGCGGCUUGUUGCUUGGAAGGGCUCGGAUGAUCCAUCUUCUGGGGACUUGUCAAUCAGCGGCGACCCUAGCGCCCCAGACCUUCAGCUUGUCACUUGGAACAAAACUAGGCCAUACUGCCGCACUGUGUGGAACGGUGUGUCAGUGUCCGGUGGCACAUAUCUAUCAAACACCAGCUCCAUCCUUUAUCAGACUGUUGUCAACUCUGGAGACGAGUUCUACUUCACGUACGCAAUCUCUGACAACUCGGUGUACACACGCGUCAUGCUUGAUCAUACUGGCAAGUACAAGUUUCUAGCAUGGAACAAUCACUCGUCAUCAUGGGCACUCAUCAGUGAAUACCCCACUGCUGCAUGCGAGCUCUAUGCCUCGUGUGGCCCAUUCAGUUACUGUGACUUGACUCAAAUGGUCCCAACUUGCCAAUGUCUUGAGGGGUUUGAGACUGUCGAUGAUGCAAACUUUUCUAAUGGAUGUCGGAGAAAGCAAGCGUUGAAAUGUGGUAAUCAAAGUCAUUUUGUGGCCUUGCCUGGGAUGAAAGUUCGUGACAAGGUCUUGCAUAUACACAAUAGAAGCUUGGAUGAGUGCGAGGCUGAGUGCAGGCGCAACUGCUCAUGUGUAGCUUACGCUUAUGCUAACUUAAGCGGGGCCAUAGGUAUGGCUGACCCGUCAAGGUGCUUGGUAUGGUCAGGGGAGCUUGUUGACAUUUGGAAGGCAACCACAGGCGGUGAGAGCCUGUACUUACGGCUUGCUGAUUCUCCUGUUUAUAAGGGGAUCAGUUCAGUAAAGAUUAUAAUCCUGAUUAUAGCAUGCGUGCUGCUACUAACAUGCGUGUGCCUUGUCUGGAUGUACAAAUAUAGAGGCACAUUGCAAAAGAAGGAAAAGCAGAAGAAACUGUCACGAGGAUACUUUAGCACAUCCAACAAUCUCGAAGGCAAACAUACGGAAUUUCCAUUUGUUAGCUAUGGAGACAUCCUUUCAGCAACAAAUUUUUUCGCUGAUUCCAACUUGCUUGGACGGGGAGGUUUUGGCAAUGUUUACAAGGGCACACUUGAAGGUGGAAAUGAGGUUGCUGUAAAAAGGCUUAGUCAGAGCUCCGGACAAGGUAUAGUGGAGUUCAAAAAUGAAGUAAUUCUAAUUGCCAAGCUGCAGCACAAGAACCUAGUCGGACUUCUUGGGUCGUGCAUUCAUGAAGACGAGAAGUUACUGAUCUACGAAUACUUACCUAACAAAAGCUUGGAUGUUUUUCUUUUCAAUGCUUCACGAAAACAUGUGCUUGAUUGGUCGACACGGUUGAAAAUAAUUAAAGGAAUAGCAAGAGGUCUUCUUUAUCUCCAUCAAGAUUCAAGAUUAACAAUAAUUCACAGAGAUCUCAAAGCAAGCAACAUCUUGUUGGACACGGAAAUGAAUCCGAAAAUUUCAGAUUUUGGUAUGGCAAGAAUUUUCGCUACAAACCAAAACCAAGCAAACACUACCAGGGUCGUUGGGACAUAUGGUUAUAUGUCGCCUGAAUAUGCGAUGGGAGGUGCUUUUUCUGUAAAAUCAGACACAUAUAGCUUCGGUGUUCUUCUCUUAGAGAUUGUCAGUGGCUUGAAGAUCAAUUCACCUCAGCUCAUAACAAACUUUUCUAGCCUUAUCACUUAUGCAUGGAGACUGUGGGAAGAUGGAAACGCCAUUGAACUUGUGGACUCUUCCUUUGUUGCAAGUUUCCGACUUCAUGAAGUUCUGCGUUGUAUUCAUGUGGGACUCUUGUGUGUUCAGGACCAUGCUAGGGAUAGGCCACUUAUGUCAUCGGUUAUGUUUAUGUUCGAGAACGAAAGCGCACCGCUUCCAGCUCCAAAGCAACCUGUGUAUUUUGCUCAAGGUACUUGUGCGGACGAAGAAGGAAGGGAGAUUACAUCAAACUCUGUGAAUGCAGUGAGUAUCACAACAGUUGAUGGCCGUUAGUAUAUGCAGAUCUUAGUACAGCUUAAUUGUAUACUUUAUGGCUUGCUCUCCAUGAGCUGAUCUUUUGUGUGGUUAUUCAUAAUAACUUGUACUCCAUAUGAGUUUAUUAUAUGAGAGAAGUUGUGAAUAACAGAGGGGGAACCGUCCUCAUCCCUACCCAUGUCCUGCAACUUAAUAUGCCGUACUAAAUGUAUAGUACCUUUUUUUGUUGAUAAAAGAGUUUAAUCAGACUUUUACUUUC